CACCUCCUUGCUUCUGUAGGGUCUGGAACAGAGUCUGACAGCGAUGAAUCCGUACCAGAGCUCGAAGAGCAAGACUCCACGCAGGCCACAACGCAGCAGGCACAGCUUGCAGCAGCAGCUGAAAUAGAUGAAGAACCUGUUAGCAAAGCAAAACAGAGCCGGAGUGAAAAGAAAGCACGGAAGGCAAUGUCUAAACUGGGCCUUCGCCAGGUGACGGGAGUAACCAGAGUCACCAUCCGGAAAUCGAAGAACAUCCUCUUCGUCAUCACAAAGCCAGACGUGUACAAGAGCCCGGCGUCAGACACCUACAUAGUUUUCGGCGAAGCGAAGAUCGAAGACCUGUCCCAGCAGGCCCAGCUGGCAGCUGCCGAGAAGUUCAAAGUGCAAGGAGAGGCUGUUUCAAACAUCCAAGAAAACACACAGACACCCACCGUGCAGGAGGAGAGCGAGGAAGAGGAGGUUGACGAAACCGGCGUCGAGGUGAAAGACAUCGAGCUGGUGAUGUCCCAGGCGAACGUGUCCCGAGCGAAGGCAGUCCGUGCCUUGAAAAACAACAGUAACGACAUCGUAAACGCUAUAAUGGAGUUGACGAUGUAGCCACCAGAGGGAGGGGCCUUUUUUGGUGUUUCAGAGAAAAGUAAAAAUGGAACUAAAUUUAAAAUUUGUACUAUUUCUAUCAAUUAAUAAAAAUUGUGGCUUAUUGUUGGUGAAACA